AUGGAGGGUAGCGAUCUUAAAAAUCCUACAAAAGAUGGUAUUGAUAAGGCUUCUUUGCAAGAAAUAAUUAAAGGAUUUCAAAUACAAUUGGACGACAUCUUUAAAUCCAACCAAUUGACUCAAGAUUAUACCAUUUUGAAAGGUUUUGUUAGCUUUGUACAAUCAAAGAUACAAUCUGUAUUAGAAAAUAACUUUCAACGUGCAUUGGAGGAAUCCAAGAGCAAUGAUGGUGUCUCAGAUAUAGACUUCAUUCCAUUUAUCCUUGAUUUGACUUGGGAAAGUAUAUGGUACCCGAUUUUUAAAUGGUUUCAAUCGUUUAGAAAGGUUGUUUUACGUUCUUCAGCUAAUAAGAAUCAACCCAGUUAUACUGAACUAAGAAAAUUUACUUCUAAAGUUAAGAAAUUCUCGAACUCAGUAGCCGACUUUUAUAUGAAUACUAUUUUAAUGUUCCAUAACAACGUCGACACAUCAUCUGCAAUUCCAAAAUUUCUUUCCAAUAAUCUAAAUCUAGAAUCUAGAACUAACCCAUCGCCAGCUUCUGUUGAAUAUAAUUCCAAAUUUGCAGCUUUAUUGAUAAGGUCAUAUCACAGAUGUCUCAUAUAUCUUGGUUCAUUACACCGUUAUAAGGCAUUAUGUGAAAAAUUCAAUAACCGAUAUGUGGUUGACGAUUUCAAUAAGUCCCUUCAAUAUUUUGAUUUUGCCAUCCUUUUAUGUCCCUCGGUAGGGGAGACAUAUUUCCAGAAAGGUCUUAUUUAUAUGCAGAUGAAUAAAAUUUCAAAACUCUGUGUUAAUAAUAUCAUUGGUUGUUUAGUACCGUUACGUAGCAGAUCCGCCUUGAUAAAUAUAAACAACCUAUUCUCAAAACGUGAUAGUUCACUGCAUAAAGCUGUCUUAGAGGUUCUAUCAUCGAUUCAUAAGGAUGAUUUGAUUGGAUCAAAAAUUGUUAAUAGAGAGAUAAUAGAAUAUUAUACAAUUGUAUUGUUAGGUUAUAACUUGCAGAAAGAAUCCUGGAUUGAUAACCAAGGGAAAUCAAUUUCUCCUGCAAUUAAUAGCAUAGGAUUAAAGCAUCUAGAAUUAACUUUAUAUGAAAAGAUAUCUACUAGAUAUAUCAAAAAUAUUGAAUUGAUUUAUCAUAACAUAAUAUCGGUGAUAGGGAGCUACCAUUUAAUAGACACAUUAAAAAUGGGUUGCGAUGAGGAAACAGUUAAACAAAGUAAAAUAGAUUACUUAAAAUUUGCCUUUUCCUUUAUAUCUAUUGUCCUUGAAAAGGUUGUUAUUGAUGGAUGGACCAAAAAUAUUGAAACUUCAGAAUAUCUGUCGAUAGCUCGUAUUAUAUUAAAUUGGGUUCAAGCUGAUAAAGAUGUCCUAGCAUAUGCAAAUAGUAACUCGUCAUUUACUCAACUUGUGGCAACUUUACUGAACGAUAUUUUAGACAGCAAGUAUUUGUCUCCUGGAGAUCUUGAAACUAAGAUACCGAGAACGUAUAUGUUGGAAGAUGAUAUACUGUUGAACAGUUUACCAAUUUUAAGGAAAUCAUACUCAGAAUUUGAUGAUUCAUCCAUUAUUUCAGCUUCUGAUCGGAUAGAUCGAUUAUCCGGGCAGAUUGGUAGUUCCGAAAAGUUAGACAAAAUAGGUGAAUCUACAUUGAGGAUGAAAUCGAUCAUUAAAAUGGGUUCAAAAGUUUUAUUGAAAAAUACGCAAGAUAUUACUUGGGAUGAAAAUACUGGGAAAUAUAAAUUUACAAAGACAAGAAAGAGAACGAAGCUGAAUAACAGGGAAUCAUUUCAAGGGGAUGAUAAUAGAUAUAGUUCGAAUGGUGCCUUUAACAUAAACAAUGAUAGAAUUCCGAAGGGUUUAUUUUCGAAAGAAAUCAUAAAUAACGCCCAAACAAAAAGGAAUAACCACUCGUAUGUCACUAAGAACGUGACUUCCAAGAAUACUACUGACCCAAACAAGAAUAAUAAAGGGCAGUCAAAUAAGAACAUACCCGUAUACAGUGGCUCCUCUGUAGUUGCACCAGAAACGUUUAAUAUCAAACCAAGUAUUGGAUUAGCAAACAAAGUCGAAGAACCUGGUGUGACAGAGCAAUACAACAAUAACAUUUUGUCUGAUAAUAUAAGUUCAACAAAUUAUAAAAAUCCAGCCACACCUUUAGAGGUAGAUGCACCACUGGAUAUGGCUACAAUUGAGAGUGCUUUGAGAGAAUUGACAAAGCAAGAGGUUAAUGAACCAACUUAUCAAGAGCCAUUAUCGAAUGAAGCGCAUUCGUUUUCCCUUGACUCACAACCCUCUUCUAUUCCAAGUAUUCCGACAACGCCUUAUUCGAAUACCAUGAAUCAUUCCCAAUCACAACUGGAUCAAACUUUAUAUUAUCCAAACCAUAGUUCUUCUAAUGGAACUUAUGCACCAUCUUCCACAGGUUUAAUGUAUAUGAAUAAUAUUAUUGGCAAUCCCAUGGAGCAGAAUGUGACGCCUACCAACAAUAUUGGUUUUAUGAACGAACCACAUCAAAUGCGCGGUCCUCCAAAUAUGAUGCCUAAUGUAGGUAUGAAUUUUGCACAACAUAGCAAUUAUAUAAACUUUGGUUCUAUGGGUUCUCAGGCAUUAUUACAACAACCAAAUAUGCCGGCUGGUAAUUCACAAGGGCCAAACAUGUGGGGUGGUUCUCAAUUAUUACCCAAUCAUAAUAUGCAACAAAUUCCAGCUCCCCCUCCUCAACAUAAUUUUAAUCAAUCACAAUCGCCACAGCAACAACAUCAACAUCAACAUCAAUAUUAUCCAUAUUCUAAUAUGAGUGGCACACCACAAUGGUAA